CUCUCGCUCUUCAAGCUUUCUCUCCAACCUCUUGUUAGUUCGAGACUCCAGGUUCACCUCCGGCCACCAAUUUCGGGAGGGCGACCUUUAAAGGGGAUGGCAAUCAUACCUUUUGGAAGCACAUGGGUGACCCGGUGGGGAGUUCAGCCUCAGUCUGUAAUAAGGCCCUCUAUCUCAAAUAAAGUGUCAACCUUGCUGCAUUGUGCAUCAAGCAGUAGGAUCAGAUCACUGGCAUCACCAAGUUCAACCUUGUUUUCUCAAGAAUCCUUGAAUGCACUUUUCAGUUCAGGGUCAUACAACAAUCCGUGUCAGAGAAGAGGAGCACGGCUUGUUGUUAGGGCUGACAGAGAUUACUAUUCCGUGCUUGGUGUGUCAAAAAAUGCGAGCAAGUCAGAGAUCAAAAGUGCAUAUCGGAAGCUGGCCAGAAGCUACCAUCCAGAUGUGAACAAAGAAGCUGGAGCGGAAGAUAAAUUCAAGGAGAUUAGCAAUGCUUAUGAGGUUUUAUCAGAUGAUGAGAAACGUUCCAUUUAUGACAAGUAUGGGGAGGCUGGACUAAAAGGCGCUGGAAUGGGCAUGGGGGAUUUCAGCAACCCAUUUGAUCUGUUUGAGUCAUUAUUUGAAGGCAUGGGAGGCAUGGGCGGAAUGGGCGGCAUGGGAGGAAGAGGGUCUCGCAACCGAGCAACAGAAGGUGAAGAUCAGGUCUAUAAUCUGGUUCUAAAUUUCAAAGAAGCUGUAUUUGGUGUCGAGAAAGAGAUUGAAAUAGCCCGUCUGGAGAGCUGCAGCACAUGUGAUGGAUCAGGGGCAAAACCAGGAACAAAGCCAUCUAGAUGUAGCACAUGUGGUGGUCAAGGGCAAGUCGUCUCAUCAGCAAGGACUCCUUUGGGUGUCUUCCAACAAGUGAUGACAUGUUCCACCUGUGGGGGAACUGGAGAAAUCUCCACUCCUUGCAACACAUGCAGCGGCGAUGGCCGAGUAAGGAAGUCAAAGCGUAUUAGCUUGAAAGUUCCAGCUGGGGUGGAUUCUGGGAGUCGUUUGAGGGUCCGUUCCGAAGGUAAUGCGGGACGGAGAGGUGGCCCCCCAGGAGAUCUUUUUGUUAUCAUAGAUGUUCUUCCUGAUCCGGUUUUGAAACGUGACGAUACAAACAUCCUCUACACUUGCAAGGUUUCUUAUAUAGAUGCCAUCUUAGGAACAACAAUGAAGGUGCCUACAGUAGAUGGGAUGGUAGACCUCAAAAUUCCAGCGGGUACCCAACCCGGCACAACCCUCGUUAUGGCCAAAAAAGGGGUACCCCUUCUGAACAAAAGUAAUAUGAGGGGCGACCAGCUGGUUAAGGUGCAAGUUGAGAUUCCAAAACGACUAAGCGGUGAAGAGAGGAAGCUGAUUGAAGAACUUGCCAACCUAAACAAGGCCAAGGCUCCUAACAGUAGAAGAUAGCUGGAGCUUACAGGUUUUCUACCCUUAUGAUUUACUUUUUCUGUGCAUCAGUGUCUGAUGAUUUAUCCCAAAAUUUUUAGCCCUUAGAAUCUACAUACAUUGAGACCAUGGCCAAUGUGCUUGAGGCUGAAUGCAGCAUUUGAAAUUUUGAGGAUUGGUUGUGUCAUGUUACAAUAUUUAUACACAAAAGUGCGUAUAGGGAGAUGCCUUCGUAGUAUUCUUAUGGAAGUAAACAGCCCAUACUUCAAUAUUUUUUACCAUUAUUUAUUGUGGUAUCGUGUAAUAACAACUGUAAGUGGCACAAAAUCUUUUCUGAUUGAUUAAAUUUCUCAUUUUCCUUGCUCCA